AAUGAAAAGGAGAAACGAGAGAUCUGGAAUUUGGGGUUGUUUAAAGCUUGGGUCUAGUCCAAGGAAGAGCCAGAAUUGGAGGUCUCUGAAGGCAUCAGACCAAUGAGUUAAUGAGCUAGAACAAUGCUCUCACCUUGGCUCCUGGUGCUCCUAAGCAUCCCAGGUUGUUUUCUGGUGAAAAACCAUACGAAGGUGAAUGCGAUCAUGGGAGAAUCCCUGAACGUGCAGUGCCCGUAUGAGGAGGAAUACAAAAUGUCUGAUAAAUACUGGUGCAAAGGAAGCUUUCGGGUAUCCUGCUCCCCCAUUGUUGAGAUCAAAGGGUCACAGGAAGAGGCGAAGAAGGACCGAGUGUCCAUUAGAGACAGUCGGCAGAACCGCACAUUCACAGUGACCAUGGAGAACCUGGCCGCAGAGGAUGCCGGCUCUUAUGCCUGUGGGAUCGACAAAUUCUUAAAAUUCGAUCCCCUGCUGUGGUUUACGGUGUCUAUCUCCCAAGUACCAGAGGUCAGAUCGACAACUAUCACCCAAUCUCCCUCAGCUGCAGCGGAAACAAGUGUCACCUCUACUUCAGCUCACAGAAUAGGCGGGGAGACGGCCUUCCCCACAUCUGGGGCCGGUUUUACUGAAAGGAUCGAAAUCCUGCUGCCCUUCAUCUUUGCAGUUCUGCUGGUUCUGUUUGUGGGGGUGUCCCUUGUGGCUUGGACAAUGUUGCUGAAGCAGAAGAAAGCUGGUGAUAAUUCAGAGGUUCGUCGAAACUCCAAUCAGGUUGACCUCUGCUACUCCUCGUUGGAGCUCCAGCCAAGAAGCCCAGGCGUCAACCUUGUGGGAUCCCACCGAAAAGGGGGUCCAUCUCUGGGACCCUCCAGGCCCCAGAACGACCAAGGAGUGGAAUACAGCCAAGUGGCUACCACCAGGAGAAAGGAUGUUAACUUCGCCACCUUGAACCUGCAUACUAUCUAUGACAACUUGUCAGAUCCAGCCCCCAAGAGGAAACAGACGGAAACCGUUUACAGCGAGAUAAAGAAGACUUAGGCUACAGACUCUAGCAGCCUGCCAGACCUGGAAAUUUUCCUUGUGGCCUCUGUUCCUGACUUCAUCACUUCUCUCCAUUCUAGGCCUUCCUGGAUUUGGUAGUUCCUGAAAGAACUAUAGUUAAAGCUAACUCGAGUUCUCUUUCUCUUAUAUUCAGCCUCAGUGACUGUGGAAAGAGUCCCACAAUGUAGGUCCUGCCCUCAGGAACCUCCCACUUUGUAGGAAUUAAAGUGAAUGCUAUAGGUCAGAUUUUCUUUUGAUAGUUUUUCCUCCACUUCAUAAUGUUAAGGAAAGGUCAGAGAUCUACUUUCAUGGUGCACACAGGGAAAGCUUCCUGGAGGGGGUGGGAUUUGGGAGUGGGUUUUAGAGGGCAAUGUGAAGCGGAGGAAAAGCAUGGCAAGAAGCAAACCUCUGGGAAGUGGGAGGGGCAGAGGCAAAAGUCAAGAAAGAGGAAGCUUUAUUAUAGCCCUGAGAUCAGGGCUGUUUGUUACUUCUGAGUCAAAUCUGUGCUUUUUGAGAUCUUGGGAACAGGGAAUGUUUAAGUAGAUUUAAAAGAAGAGAAGGCAGGAGAAUUGUUAAAGAGACAGUAGGAAAUAAUCCCAAGUAGAGGGGUUGUUGGGGGAGGGCCCAAUGGAGAUAUCUUGGGGUGAAGACCCCUAGGGAGAAAACAAAAUAUGUGGUUUCCUGAGAAAAGAUGAAUGUCAGAGGGAAUUCUGAAUCAAUUAAUCCAUGGUAUUUAUUGAGUACUUGUGUGCAGAGCUCUGACUGAAGUAGGCAUUUGAGCAUGUAUUGAUAAUAAUAAUUUUGGCACUUGUUAAGCUACUUAUUAUGUGUGCUAAUUGCUGGGGUGGAUACAAGCU